AUGAUGACGCCUAAUAUUCCGCUCCUGUUUACUGUGCAGUUUCUGAUCGUGACGACUGACAGCGGCUUUGCAACGUACCACUCGACAACGACCAUCACGCCGGCGGCGUCAGCAGGGGCUGUCCUGCUGCGUUUCCUUCCCAUCACACUCGGUGAAGAUGACCGCGGCGCUGGAGCGACGUUGCAGUUUCUACCGGCUGCUCUGACGUAUACGCAAGUCCCACCGACAUCGACUUCAUGCGCUCGACCUUCAAAAGCCUUCACGCGGGAUUUUUCGACCAGUGGGCACGGCGAACAAGCUCCGAUGAUGACGCCUAAUAUUCCGCUCCUGUUUACUGUGCAGGUUGGUGUACACAAAAUUCCUUAUUCUAUUAGAAGUAACAACGUUUGCCUCGUUGUAUUGCCGUGCCCACGGACGUGCUUGAAGCGUUUUCGCGACUUGUUGCUCCUUCUUAGUGGGGAUGUGGAACGUAAUCCCGGUCCCAUGUCCAAGCCGGAGGCCGAGUCACUUGCAAACAUUGAGUCUAUUGUUUCCCAGUUACAUGCUGGCCAGUCAAGCAUCAUGAGCCAGUUGAAAGAAUUAAACGACGAACAGAAACGUACAAAUGACUCAAUAUCUGCCCUCACAGCGCGUGUCGGGAUUAUUGAGAGUGACCUCGUAAUUUGUAAAUCAAAAAUGAACUCGGCGGAAGAACUGGAACAAAAACUUGAAUCUGUUCUGUUAGAAAUGGCAUCCCUGAAGCGGCGUUCCGAUGAUGCUGAGAGUCGUUCACGUCGUUCAAAUUUAAUUUUUUUCGGCUUCAAAGACACGACUAAAGAAACAUGGGCCGAAUCUGAAAAACUGGUAUUGGAUUUGUGCUCCGAUAAACUGGGACUUCAAAUUGACCCCGCUACUAUCGACCGGGCUCACCGGAUUGGGAGGUUUAAUCCAGCUAAGAACAGACCUGUUGUUGUAAAGUUUUCCCAAUUUAAGUUGAAGGAUGCAGUGCUGGGUUCAGCUUUCAAACUUAAAGAUACAGGUAUUUCUGUGAGCGAAGAUUACCCACAAAAUGUUCAGUUUGCAAGAAAGAGCCUCCUGGAUUUUGCCCGCACACAAGGAAACCGUUUCCAUCUUCGAGUCGAUAAAUUGUACAUCGGUGAAAAGCAAUUUCUUUUCGAUUAUGAAACAAGUCAAAUCUAUGAAGCCCCGACCUAG